AUGGAUUCCGAACCUGCAGGCGAGGCUCGGUCGUCCCUGGCCUUGCUGGCGUCCAAUCUGGUCCACUCGCUGCAGCUUCGGCGGAUACAGGACGUUUUUGCCAGGCAACCUGACUUGGCGUGUGGCGAGGCAGUGUGGGUGCUGGGAGUGAGAUACGCGGAGUGGGAGGAUGAGGAGGACCUGGUGGUGGACGUGCAUUCGAGGCUGUGGAUGACCUACCGCUGGGGCUUCCCUCCCCUGCCCUGCGCUGCUGCUGCUGCUGCUGCUGCUGCUGCUGCUGCUGCUGCUGCUGCUGCUGGCGAUGCUGCUGGCGGUGCUGCUGGCGUCGCUUCUGGUGGUGGCGGUGGCACUGGCUUCACCACGGAUACAGGAUGGGGCUGCAUGUUCCGCACGGGGCAGAUGAUGCUCGCUCAGGCCCUUCUGUGCCACCGGCUGAGCCGCCAUUGGAGGAGGCGUGUCGGCAGGGAGGAGCAGGCCUACUACGAGGUGCUUCGUCUCUUUGCGGAUUCCCCCUCUCUGCUCUCCCCGUUCUCCCUGCACAACUUGGUUCGGGCCGGCGCUAGGCUCGGCGUCAAGGCUGGGGCGUGGCUCGGGCCGGAGGCGAGCGCAUGGCGAUCAGUGCUGAUCCUGGUGCCACUGGUUCUCGGCGUCGACCACAUGGACGCCCGCUACCAGGAGGCUCUGCGUCGCACAUUCACCUUUCCGCAGAGCGUGGGCAUCGCGGGAGGCAGGCCCAACACGUCGCUCUAUUUCAUCGGCACACACCAGAACGAUGUGUUGUUCCUGGAUCCGCACUACCCACAGCAGGCAGUGGCAUUUCCUGAAGGACCAAUAAGCGCAUGCCAUGUGGACACGUCAUCCUACCAUUGCAGCACCGUUCGCCGCAUGCCACUCUCGGGCAUGGACUCCUCGCUGGCUCUCGGCUUCUAUUGUGCAACUCAAGGUGAUUUUCAGGACCUGUGCAGUCGGAUUGAGCAGCUCGCUCAAUUGUCAAAAGGAGCGCCGCUCCUCACUGUGGGCAACAGGGCCGAUCUGGCAAGCUAUGUGGUGAAAGAGGUGCCUGAGAUGGACAGCUCUUCUUUGGGAGAUUCAUUGGAAGAUAACGAUUCUGACAUUGGUGACAACUGGGAGCUUGUAUAG